AAAUUUUGUAUUGUAGUUACUCAACGUACAAUCAACGCUCGAUUUCUUUUCAGAAACCCUGCUGAUUUAUGGAAGCCCCGAGUAUAAAAAAUUAAAAAAUCGAUUUUUAAAUAAUAACACCUUUGGUAUUAGGUAAUCGGUUUUGGUUAUAAUUUACAGUUAAUUAAUCAACAGUGUUGAGUAUUGUGUAAUUAUGUAUUGUUAAGUAAAAAACAAGUCAAAUCAACAAAAUGAUUUUGUUAAUAAAGUCAAUAGUUUUCAUAUUACUUAUAGCUAAAUCGUUGAGUACAUCGACAGAGGAUGGUGUUAAAUAUGCUAAUAAAUGUGAAGUCUGUAAAAUAUUAGCCCAAGAAUUAGAGGGUCGUUUACUGGAGACCGGUAAGACGAGUGAAUAUUUGGAGAUAGGUUACUCAAUCGAUCUGCCAAAAAAGAAAAAAGAGUACAAAAAAUCGGAACUGCGUUUAGUUGAAUCACUUGAUGGCCUUUGUGAGAGAAUACUUAAGUAUAAUAUUCACAAAGAAAGGACCGAUAGUACACGAUUUGCUAAAGGAAUGAGCCAAACAUUUCAAACAUUACACGGCCUUGUGAAUAAAGGUGUAAAAGUUGAGCUCGGUAUACCAUAUGAACUUUGGGACAAACCUUCGGUUGAAAUCACAAAUAUGAAAACUCAAUGUGAAGAUUUAUUGGAAACCUAUGAAUCAGAUAUAGAGCAGUGGUAUUUUAAUGAUCAAGCUGAAAGCUUAAGAAGUUAUUUAUGCAAAGACCGUGCAUUAAAGGAUUCUGAUCAAACAUGCUUGGAUGAGGCAUCUCCAUCUAAAGGAGAUACGAGACAGAUAAAUCAAGAAUUGUAAAAAAAUCAAUACACAUAUUGAAGUUUGUAUAUAAAGUUAAUAUUUCGUAAACAUCAUUGAAAAUACUCAAAGAACUUUAAAUGCAAUUAUUGUAUAAUCACAUUUUAUGACAUCUAAAAUUAUUUAUUUAUAAUAAUGAAUUAAGUAAUUAUGGUACUAAUCAGAUACUUUUUAUCUUAUUAAGUUAUUUGAAUUCACUUAGACAUAGAACAAUACAUGUAAUAUUUUAUUUUUUAUGAGUAUAUAAUAAACUGAUAUGUCCAAGU